UUGUGAUAGGGAGUGGGAGAAGGCAGACCUGUGUAAAGGUUGUCUCUCCAACCCUUCGCUCCCGGGGGCCCUCAAGGAAAAACCCAACACCCCGGUCCCGCGGCUAGCCCCUUCCCCUAGGCUCUCUCCGCUCGAUUUCGCCACCGUUAUGUGGGAAGCGAAUCCGCAGCCAGUCAACUUUAAAACAUGAAGGAAAAGUCCAGAAAAUUAUCAUAACGCAUUCCUUGGAGAGAGUUUCCAAAAAUGAAUAAAAAAUAAGCCCCCUUCAUUCUGCUCAGCAUUUCAGGAGAUGUUUCACAAAGCAGAAGAAUUCUUCUCCAGAGUGACAGAUAGCGAGAUGGAUGAGAUGGACACGUCAGAUACCCAGUGGGGCUGGUUUUACUUGGCGGAAUGUGGCAAGUGGCACAUGUUCCAGAAAUGAAGCAAGUGAAUCUCACCACUGGAAAACAGCGAUUAGUAAAAAGAGCCCCCUUUUCUAUCAGUGCUUUCAGUUAUAUCUGUGAAAAUGAGGCUAUUCCCAUGCCACCACACUGGGAGAAUGUGAAUACUGAAGUACCGUAUCAGCUUAUUCCUUUGCACAGUCAAACACAUGAAUACAAUGAAGUUGCUAGUCUCUUUGGGAAAACAAUGGAUCGCAACCGAAUUAAAAGAAUUCAGAGAAUUCAGAACCUAGACUUGUGGGAAUUCUUUUGCAGGAAAAAGGCUCAGCUCAAGAAAAAAAGGGGUGUGCCUCAGAUUAAUGAACAAAUGCUAUUUCACGGUACCAGCAGUGAAUUUGUGGAAGCAAUUUGCAUUCAUAAUUUUGAUUGGAGAAUAAAUGGUAUACAUGGUGCUCUCUUUGGAAAAGGAACCUAUUUCGCUAGGGAUGCUGCUUACUCCAGUCGCUUCUGCAAAGAUGACAUAAAGCAUGGAAACACAUUCCAAAUUCACGGUGUCAGCUUUCAACAGCGGCAUCUAUUUAGAACAUGUAAAUCUAUGUUUCUGGCUCGAGUGCUAAUUGGAGAUUACAUAAACGGAGACUCCAAAUACAUGCGACCUCCUUCCAAAGACGGGAGCUAUGUGAAUUUGUAUGACAGCUGUGUGGAUGACACCUGGAAUCCAAAGAUCUUUGUGGUUUUUGAUGCCAACCAAAUCUAUCCUGAGUACUUAAUAGACUUUCAUUGAUUCCAGUAUCAAAUCUCAGUGGUGAAGGAAGUUUUAUUCUUUCUUGCAGGAAGAUUUGCUCUCCUAUCAUCUAGCCACUAAACACUAACUAUCUGAUACUUUUGAAACAGAUAUGAAAAACAAGUGGCCUCCAUAUAAAAAGACAUACUGACGUUAAGGUUGGUUUUUUGUUGGUGUUUUGUUUUUGUCUGUUACUCAUAGUCCUGCUUUUUAAAAAUUGACACCAUUGCCAUUUUAACACACAGGGGAAAGAUAGCAUUCAAAGUUGAAUCAGCUGUGUCUCAAAUAACAUGGGCAUUCCGAGCCUUUAAAGUUGAUGUGUGUGUUUGUUAGUAGGAUAAAUGUUUUCGGUACAAAUAGACUUAUCCAUAUAUAUGUUCAAAAAAUAAAAAUAUAGGCAUAAAUGUGUCCCUUUAGAGGAAUUCAUCCUUUGUAAGUUGAAUUCCGGUAUUAUUAUCCACCAGCACAUUGCUUUGUUGGUCUUCUGAAGGAAGGAGGGGGGAUUUAAAACCCUGCACAGGCUGAGUAUCUUGAGAGAAAUCAGAAACAAGAAAAGUGUUUGCAGUGCUGCCAAACAAGCCAGAAGGAGAAAAUCAAGGUCGAGUGCCCUGCUUCCCGUUGCCUUAAAGGGAUAGCAGGCUGCAGCCUCAGACUAGUCCCGUUAUUCUCUUCUGUCUCCUACAUCUGAAUUGACAAGUGCUGCAGACUGUAACUAGCCUACAAUUCAUCCACCAAGGCUGUUGAGUUCUCUGUACCAAAAACAAGGUGUUUAUUGCAUCUUCAAAGUAAAACUUUUAUUUAUUAUUUGAAACAUUAAUUUUCCCUUUCUUUUGGGGUCCCUACAAUGAUCACUUCUAAGAUGUUCUUAUUAUCUACCCCAUGCAGCUAUCAACAGUGAUUUCUAAAAUUCACAUUUCUAAGUCAUAGCUCUGCAUUAUGAAUCAUUGCAGAAAGCGUAGGAUGCUUGAGACAAACCUGAUUUAACCUUUUGAGUAGCAAUUGACAAUCUACUUUCUUGAAAAGGCAGAUACAAUUCAGAACCACAUUUAAUGGAAACUUGUUUACCUGUCCCAUCUGUUUUGCUGUUCUAUUACAAGGAAGAAUCAGUAGUGUUGGAACAGCUUCCCUGACCCUAGAGAUGUUCUAGAAGAGGCUGGACAACAGCUUGGCAGGAAUGCUAUAUGGGAAUUCAAAUAUGAGAUGAGGGAUUGAAGACAUGAUUGUUAAGUCUUUCUAGUCUUGAUUUGCCAUGAUUCUGCCUGAAAAAGAGAGCACUUGGAGCAAGCCUUUCCCAGAAAACCUUUUUCUGAUUCACUCUGUCACUAAAUUUUCUCUCCAUUACCCUAACCCAGUUUUGGCUGAAAUUUAAUGAACAUAGUUUAAUUUCUCAAGAAAAAUCCAGCGAGUGUCCAUUGUUUAUGCCUAAAUGUCCAACUCAAUAGUUUGGAUUGGGAAGGCAUCUAGAAACAAUAAAAGUAAAGAGUCUGGAGCAGGAUUAGGGAUGACAGUUCUUCAGCUGUCAUAUUUCCCCAGAUUUUUAUUAUAACCCAGGCUACCUGUAAUUAUACAGUUGAAAGUAAGUAGUACAGAGGAAAUUGCACAUACAGUACUUUGAAACAAGUGGUAACAAAGAUUUUGAGUCAAAUGUGCAGACUAACAGCCUGUUUAGAUGAAGUGCGGUGAAUAUUUAGAAAGAACACAUUUUAAAAACAUUCCAGAGAUCAUCAUGAAAAUAAUUGGAAGAAGUCAGUAGGCUGUCUUGAGAGAGGUAACACAACUUGGCUCUAGACUUGUUAGUACUGUGCUGUUAUUUUGUCUUAAGUGUGUGCUGCCAACUCCCCUUUUAUAAAAAAGAGCUGAUUUGAUACAUUCUUUAACAGUGUUAGAAAUAUUAGGAAUUCAGAUUUUGAAGAUCUUUUUGUUCUACCGAUUUGUUAUAUUUGCAUUCAAAAAAAUGUUAAGAGUUUCCCCCUUUGGCUGUCGUUUUUUCCAAUUUAACAUGAAUACUUCUCCCAUCCCUUGAAUGGAAUAACUAUUGUGGCAUUUUAAGUUUAUUAUUCUUCUAGACAUCUUAAGGUGACCGAGAGCCCAGAAUCGAGUAUUUGCAAGGCAGUCUAUGUGGACUCGGAACUUAACUAUUUGGCUUAUAUGUAGUAAACAUUCUAGAGUGUGCUGCAGUAGCCAUUGUAAGAAAGUAUUGUGCUGUUAUUUUGUUUGAGAGUGUACUGCCAGCUUCCCUUUUAUAAAAAAAGAGCUGAUUCGAUACAUUCUUUAAAAUAUUGUAGUAUAGAAUUGAUUGAUGUUAAAGUCUUAUUUCUUGAUCUUUGUCAGUGGAUUAAGUUGUAAAUCCCAUAAUGACUAUACAAGACUGGACACAACCAUUUGCCACCUUUUCCUCUUGUCAGCACAUAGUGUGGGUGGGAGGAGUGAAGAGAAGUCAUUCCAGUUGAAUGAGUAAAUAGUUUUAAAAAUCCUACAUUGAAUAAUUUCUAGCUGAUAGUGGCUUUUGUUUUUCACUUUGGUGGUAUCAGCCUCAGGGUAAAAAAGACAUUUAUAAAAAAUAGUUUCAUAAAUCUUUUCAUUAUGAACAGGAAAGUUUUGUAUUAGUGCAACAUUUCAUUUCCAGAUUGUUGAUGGUGAUGAUGAUAAAGAAUUUGAAGCCAUUUUUGCUAUAUGAACGUACUGUUUUUACAUGUGGUGAUUAAAGCUUUCCCUGGCAGGUCUUGGUUGUCUAUGUAUGCCAUGUAUUUGUUCCUCUGAUUUCUCUGUCCCAUCUCCACCUUACAUUAUGUAAACCUGGAUUUUCAGCUCAAAUUUAAUAGACUGUCAAGGAAUUUGUUGCCUAUAGGUCUUAUGUAACCCUCUUUGAGGAUGGGGGCUGGGGUGGGGAGUCUCUUGUUCUUAGUUUGAAUCAUCAUGAGCUACUGCUAAUCAAAUAAUCUGUGGGUAAAAUCAUUCACUCUGUGCUAUUGAAAAUUC